AUGUUCAGUGCUCGCUUUUUUAUGUUUCGAAGACCUGAUGAUGACGAAGAGUUUGGCGGAGGAAGAAUUGUUAAAGCAAAACCCGUUGCUCAGAAGUAUAUGAAAAAACUCGGCAGUUCUUACGCGGGAAAGGUUUUUUCUAUAUAUAUUAUAAUAUAAGACGUUCAAAGUAUUUUUUUGACGUCAUUUUGUUCCAUUCAAAUAAUAUAUAUAUAUAUAUAUAUAUAUAUAUAUAUAUAUAUAUAUCAAUUUUUUUACUCGUUCAGGACUUUGUCACUGCUAGUGAACGGUCUCAAAAAGAUUUUUAUGGAAUUCAACAAGUUUACACGAGAGAAGAAAAUCAAUCAAGUUCUUCGUCCGGUCCAACUCCUUUGACAGAGGACGAAAAGAACAAGCUUUCAGCUAAGAUUUUGAAAGCCGAAAUGAAAGGAGACAAGGUUUUGAGUAGGUUUCUAGCCAAUUUGAUAUCUGUGUUCGAGGAUCUCGUCAGAAAACUUAAAAUGAAGCUGGAGUCGGGAGUCACAGAAGCGCCUAAAGAGAAGGAAGUCGUUUUGAUGCGGCGAAACCACGAAGGAAACGUUCUGCCGGCCAGCGGACGCAAAGAAGACCGUCACAGUCAUGCACAGGUUCAUUUUUUUCUCUUUUUUUUUGCUCUUGAGUUUUUCAAAAAGAAAAUGUUUAAAUGUUCUUUUUGACCACUUAGGCCCUCGCCAACUUGCAAUUUUAGGGUUCUUCUCGAAUGCGUAGAGAAUACGAAAAAUCGCAGGAACUGAAUGAAAUGGUACGAGAAGAGAAAACAGCGACGGCUGAGGAUCAACUUCGACUCUUCGAAAGGGCUCUCGUGGUCAGUUUUUCAACAGUUUUUUUCAUGUGGAUCGUCAUUUUUUUCCAUUCAAAUAAUUGAACAGUCUUUGAAAAAGUAAGAAAAAAAAAGAAGCCGUAAUGACAUGUAGGUAGAACAAAAAAGUUUCUAGAAACUUCGAAUGGCAAAAUAAAAAUGGAGCAGUUUCUUUUUGGCAGGAGUAACGCUUAUGAUGGAGUUCCUACGAUUUCAUUAGAAAGCUUUUUUUUUCGGUUCGAUUUAUUUUCGAUUCUAGAAGCGAAAGUAAAUACGUCCAACAAUAUUGUACAAUAAAGUAUGACAAUGGUCUUGAAAAUCAUCAACGAGUUUUGAGGCGAACAGUUUGAGGCUCAAUAAGCGUAUUGUUUCCAGUAGACUAUGAAGAUGAAAGAAUUUUCGAGUUUUUCAGUAGAGUUCAAGACGAAAUCGACUAAUUGAUAAUGAGGUCUGAAACGUAGACUAAGAAAAGCGAAAAGAGCCGUUGGCUCAAACGAACAGAGAUAGGAACUCGUAUUUCUGAAAAAAAGAAAUCUAUCACUAGAAAUGGCGAAAAGAUUAUCCGUUCUGAGUGAUAAUAAAUAUAGAAAAGCGCCAAAAUCCGAAGACAUGAUGACGAGAGCGUUGACGACAUCGCUGAAAUGCAAAAAGGCAAACGAAAGGCCGACGAGAAAGACGAGCGUCGUCGCGAAAAAAGAGCUCGAGAAGGUCUGUUCAGCUUUUUUUUUCUUUGUUCUCUUCUUUUUUCGAGAGAUUCAGUGUGGUAAAUCCUGAAAAAAGCCAGAAGAUUUUUCUGAGAACUCGUUCAAACUUUUCUUUCGAAAAUGCGUGUCUACUCAGUAGUAAAGUAGAAAUGCCUUCUCAACCGAGACAUUAGAUAACUCGAAUUUUUUAUUCAGUUUGUAAAAUUUGAUUAAAAGAAGUUCAUAAGUAAGUAUUAGCUUUCAACACAUGAUGAGAUGACUUUUUUUCGAUGAAAAAUCGUGAAAGAGCAGUUAAGGCUAUCACUUAAAGUUUUAUUUCAAUUUUCUUCGUGCUUCGCACUGUUUCGCACAACUAUUUCGACGUUUUCUGAAAGCACGGUGGGGAAGUUCUUUACAGUAUAACGUAGCGUCGAAAAAAAUUAUCAAUAUUUUUUUCUCUGAUUUCAUUUCAUUUUUGUAUUAGCACGAGUGCUGGAUUUUCUAGCGCCAUUAUUAAAAUUUUGUAAGAAUGUAUAAAAAAAAGAGAAAUAAUUAUCUUAUUUAUUUUAAAUUUUUAUCUGAUUUUAUUUUGGCACACUAUGAUUUUUUUGGUUUACCAUCAAAAUCGGUCUUUUUUCGUUUUAAAGAAGAUCGAACUUCAUUCACAUGAAUAAGAUGGCUCCUGCUAUCAAGAGGAAAUCCUUGUGACGUCUUUCCGGCGAAUUGGCCGAGAUUGUUGUCGAGUGCAUGACUGCAGUAGGAAGAAGGAGAAGAAGAAGAGAAAAGUGGUUGGAAUGCGUGAGGAGACGCCAAAUUGA